GGCGCUACGGUAGACGCUCUUCUUCCAGCGAAACGUAAAAAAGAGUACACUCUGUACAGUACAACCAGGAAAGUGCGCAUGGGCAGAUGUGCCGUGUACUUAUUUGUUCAGCCGCUUGGCGUGGAAAACGUAGUCCUUCAGAAAGUAGACUGAUAAAUUUUCGGUUGGUGACGACUCCUUCGGGUUACUUUUUUUAUUAGGGGAGUGUCUCUACUGGGAAGGCAGCUGUUCAUAAGAAGCAGUGGGGAAAUCCAGGAUUAUAGUAUAGCUGUGACUGGGCAGCAGCCCUUCUCAAACUAAAGGUAGCAACAAAAAAGAGACUACGCUCUAUUUGAGAUAUUUUCUGUGACUGAUGAGCAGUCCAGAUGUAUCCGGUCUCCUGGUGUUUCAUCUCUUCAGGAAAACGCAAGCUCAAGGGUCGGGGGAGGGCUGAGAACUCAGCAGCGACGUUUAAGGGCUUUCCGAGUGGAGUUUUUGUCUGUCAACAACACCUAGAGUUUAGGCAAGGCAUCACCACUAUCCCAUCUUGGUUUUUAUGAGGGGAGAGAGAGGAUAUGAUGUUUGCAACCUACUGCAACAAAGGAGAACCUGCAAGUUGCAGUCCCUUCCCUUUCAAGUCUAGACCACAGAGGCUUCGCUGAUUUGCAAGUGAAAAGCGGAAGAAGUCGGCAGAGAACCUGGAAGAUUUUAGCUCCUUUCAGGUCUGCAUGAAAGUGAACAGAGUGGAACAGGCGAGAUUUUUCUGCAGAUUUUUCUGCAGUCGUUACUUCCUAAAUGUUUAGAGCCAGUCCAAACUCUACAGGAUGCCAUACUUAGGCUCAGAGGACACAGUGAAGGAGCUGAAGAGAGCUUUGUCUAACCCUCAUGUGCAAGCUGACCGUCUCCGCUACAGGAAUGUUAUCCAACGAGUGAUCAGGCACAUGACCCAAGGUGUAGAUGUUUCCAGUGUCUUUAUGGAGAUGGUUAAAGCUAGUGCCACGGUGGACAUUGUUCAGAAGAAGCUAGUAUACUUGUAUAUGUGCACAUAUGCUCCACGGAAGCCAGAUCUAGCUCUCUUAGCUAUCAACACCCUUUGCAAAGACUGCUCAGAUCCCAACCCCAUGGUUAGGGGCCUGGCCCUGCGCAGCAUGUGUAGUUUCAGGAUGCCUAGCAUACAGGAGUACAUCCAACAGCCAAUCCUGAAUGGACUGCGAGACAAAGCAUCCUAUGUCAGGAGAGUAGCUGUUCUUGGAUGUGCAAAACUGCAGAAACUCCAAGGAGACUGUGAAGUGGAUGGUGCACUAGUUAAUGAGUUAUAUAGUUUGCUUCGUGACCAGGAUCCUAUUGUAGUGGUGAAUUGUCUGAGGGCACUAGAAGAGAUCCUGGCACAUGAGGGAGGAGUUGUCAUCAAUAAGCCCAUUGCCCAUCAUCUUCUCAAUAGGAUGCCUGACCUAGAUCAGUGGGGACAGAGUGAGGUGCUGACCUUUCUGUUGCGCUACAAGCCCCGCUCUGAAGAAGAGCUCUUCGACAUCCUUAACUUACUGGAUGGCUAUCUCAAGAGUAGCAGUUCCAGUGUGGUGAUGGCUGCCACUAAACUUUUCUUAGUGCUGGCCAGAGACUUUCCACAUGUGCAAGACGAUGUGCUGGUGAGAGUAAAGGGCCCGCUACUGGCUGCUUGCACCUCUGAGAGUAGGGAACUCUGUUUCACUGCUUUGUGUCAUGUGCGCCAGAUCUUAGACAGCCUCCCUGGUAAUUUCAGCAGCCAUUACAAGAAGUUCUUCUGCUCAUAUUCAGAGCCACAUUACAUCAAGUGUCAGAAAAUGGAGAUUCUGUGCAAGUUGGUGAAUGAUGAGAAUGUGCAGCAGAUACUAGAGGAGCUAAGAGAUUACUGCACUGAUGUGUCUGCAGAGCUUGCACAAGGAGCAAUCUUUGCCAUUGGUAACAUUGCAAGGACCUAUACGGAGCAGUGUGUGAGAAUCCUAACAGAGCUGCUUGAGCUGAAGCAGGAACAUAUAACUUCAGCUGUAGUGCAGGUGUUCCGGGACCUGGUGUGGUGGUGUCCGCAGUGCAUAGAGAAUGUGUCCCAGGCUUUGGGUGGUUGCGAAGAGACCAUCCAGGACAGUGAGGGCAAGCAAGCACUAAUCUGGCUGCUGGGGGUACAUGGAGAUAGAGUCCCCAAUGCCCCCUAUAUCUUGGAGGAUUUUGCAGAGAAUGUGAAAUCGGAGGCAUUCUCAGUUGUGAAGGUGGAAUUGCUAACCGCUUUGGUACGGCUUUUCAUACAACGCCCAGCUGAGUGUCAGGACAUGCUGGGUCGAUUACUCUAUUACUGCAUAGAGGAGGAGACAGACAUGACAGUUCGGGAUCGUGCUCUUUUCUACUAUCGUCUUUUGCAAGCUGGUAUGGAAGAUGCAAAAGGGAUUCUGUGCAGCCCCACAUUUGAUCACUCUUUGCGGCUUUUAGAAGAGCGGGCUGAAGGCUCUGUGAAUGCAUGGGCCUCUGACUUUAACUCAUUGGUGCCUAUAUAUGGCAAAGAGCAAUGGACAGCCAUGACAGCCAGCCGAGUUAUUGGCCUUCCCCAUGCAGAUUCCCCCUGUGAAGAUCCCACAGUAAUGGGUGAAGAGCCACUGAUAUCAGAAAAGAAAGAGGAGGUUCCUUGUGCUGACACCAGUCCAAGUGUCCUUAUUCUCAUCCCUAGCACAUGUAUGACCGCAGAACAGUUUGAGAGGAAAUGGCUAAAUCUGGGUGUGGGCUGCCAGCAAACUGUUCCUUGGCAGAAAACUGUACAGCCAGACACUCUACAGGCUGCACUGCAGGUUGUCCAUAUCCAGACAAUUGCUAUGAGCAAGGCUGGCUCCCAGCUGUGGAAAGCUUACCUUGGUGCCCAGGAUGACACAGGCUGCCUUUUCUUGACUGAGCUGCUGCUUGAGAUGGAGGAUCCAGAGAUGCAAAUGAUGGUAAAGCAGAGUGAAAACAAGCCUGAGGCACUGCAGGCUUUCAUCUCUGUUCUGAAGACUGUACUGGGGACAGUGACAGAGUUGUCAUCCUGACUCUUUUUAACCGCUGAUAUUGGCCAUGAAAAGGAAAAGACUGAGUCUGUUUGCAUAUUGCAUUGUUCACAUUAUACUGCUGCUCUUAUGAACUGUUAGUAAAGGAGAAGAAAAUUCCAUUGUGGGCUGAGUGAGAUCCAGCUGCUCAAUCCCAUUCCCUUAUCUUGGAAUAUUUUGAUGGGAGCUGCUGCCUGCUGUGACAACAGGAAACAAGGAAGAGGGCAGAAAAUGCUGCUUGAAUAAUGCUGGUUUUAUAUGGACACCAUGUAAUUCCUGUUCCUGUAGCAGAUUUGAGUGUGAUUUUACUUUGAGAAUCCUUUGUAAGCUGUUUCAAGAGACUCUUGGAGUUAAGUGCGAUAUAAGUAUUCUAAAAAUAAUAAAUAACAGCCUUUGACUUAA